AUGGAAUUGGAAACUGAAACUGAUAUAGUCCAUGUCCGUACGAAUGUGUCGAAUCUAGCGAUAAACUUUGAGUCUACGAACACAGUCUUAAUCCGUCUGCAAGAAGUGAUCAUUGAUGAAGAGAGUGAAGAUGGAGUAACAUAUUUAACACCAUAUCGCAUCUGCUUGAAGCCACGUGGCGGCUUCACGCCAAGUCAUCUCUCUCAACUCCUUGAUGAACAAGAGGUUCAUCACUCUCAAGAUUUAGGUGAAACUAUCCAUCGUCAGAUCAAUGAAGCAUUUGCUAAUGAUCAUUCUCUUCGAGAACCUGUUUACGUAACCGUCAGUGUCAGUUUAAUCGAAAACAGGCGGCCGAAUGCAAAUGUUCCUCCUCCACCGAAAAGUGCUUCGUGGGAAGUUAUCCAGAGAUUAGUGAAGGAACAGAAAGAGAAAUUGAUGGAUUUGGAAGAAACAAAUGAGAUCGAGUGUUCGAUUUGUAUUGAGGAUUUCUCCAUUAAUCAUGAAAACAUCAUCCAGAUGCCUCAAUGCAAACAUAUGUUUCAUCAGGAUUGUCUCUUCGAGUGGCUUGGUCGGCAAAACUCAUGUCCCUUGUGCCGGACUGUUCCGUAUGGAGAAUAA